CAAGACCGCUGUUAUAAAAAGUUAUUUUGUUUAAAAACACAUUGCAGAAAUAACGACAAUUCUUUUUGCGCCUUAUUGGAAUUUAUUCGCUAAAAAGCAACAACAAGUUAACGUUGAAUGAACGAAUCAUCGUAAAAAUAACUGCAUGUGAUCUUUGCAAUUAGGAGUUCAAUAAUUUUUACGAGCGUUUGACGGUUGUUUUUAUUUUCGUGCGAUGAUUGUAAUAAUCGAUGGAGUGUGUCGUAUUAUGUGCAUUUAUUAGUUGAAAGAGUGCAUUUAAGUUCAACCGAAAAAUUCAAUGUCAAUGUUUCAGUAGAAACAGACACAGAGACAUAGUCAUAGAAACAGAGAGCAAAAAGAGAGAGAGAGAGAGUGAGUGUGGUUCACAUGUACCGGCGCAUAUAUAUAUAUGGAUGCAUUCAAACCUGUUGUCUGUGUAAAAUAUACAUUGAAAGUUAUGGUUGUAGUGGUGUGUCUGUGAACACUUCGAUUCCUGUGAAUUUAGAGGGUGAGCGUACACAAAGUAACCAAGCCAUACACAAAAAUUUAGGCGCGCGUCGAAUUCUCACGUGUAUUUUGAACACUCGCAUCUAUAUAUAACGUAUAAACAGAUAAACAGAGCAAAUCCACUUUUUUUCUAUAUACUUACAAUAAUAUAUUAUUUUCCGUACUCCUUCGCUAAUAAAAGUGCAGUGUUAUUGGAGUUGCCGUUUUUUUUGGCACGUGAAUCGGGUGUGGUGUGUGCAACCGUUUUCAUAAUUUAUUGCAAACAGUACAAAAAAAGAGCUGCCAAUCGAUUUUUUGGUUGAGUUCGUGUUUUGUUGACUUUCAGUUGCAGAUUGUUGUUGUUGGCACAUUCGUUUUGCUCUAUAUUUUUAUUAUUCGUUCGUUACAUAUCUUAUUUUUUUUUGUGUGCAUCGGCGAAUCAUCGUACUUCAAUUUAUAGUUGGGAAAUUUGUGACAAUAAUUGCCUCAGCGAAAAUAUUUAUAUCUUUCGAAAGAAUUUUUACCGAUCACAAACAACAAGAGACAAAAAAAUCAUUUACAUUGAAUCAAAUUAACAAGAAAAACACAUGGUGGUGAACUCACUUAUAGAGCAAUUCAAUAAAAAAAAAGUGAUUCGACAAAAAAAAGUAGUUGGAAUUUUUACGGUGAACAGAGUUAUUGCGAAACAAACAUCAAUAUGGAACAUUUAAGAAGUAUUUGUCAUUUGAAAUAAGCGAUUUCAGUUGAAUCGCAAAGAAAGGAUCGAAAAUAUUCAAAAGCGUCUCUGUUCGCAAUGGCCAAAACGCAUGAAAUGCUACUUGAUGUUAAAUUGGAUUUUAAAGACGUAAGAAACGACAAUUUUUUGAAGAAUUGGGUGAACUGGAUGAAAUGCUUGGUAAAAAUUGAAGCGAUCGAGUGUUUUCCUUGCUAUUUGAAAAUUGAAUUCUAUCAUGAGGAUGAUGUUUCUCGUGAAUAUCCGAUUAGUGUUAUUCGGAUCAAUAUACCUGGUGUUCGAGUCGGUUCGGCAGCAUCACGUACAAAAUCCUAUACGUAUGGCGUUUUCUGGAAAAGCAAUCGAAAGCGAUGUCGAUUGUUUUUGGCAUUCCAAGACAAACAAUCGUGCUCAACACACAUGAAAUGGCUGAAACAAUCCAUUGAUUCAUUGGAAAACUACCGAAAAGGAAUGUGUGAGAAUCCACGCAUAAAUCGUUCACUUAUAAAUGUGGUCAAGUUUAACGAUGAAGAUGAUUCACAGUUCGACAUAUCGAAAGGAAGUCUUAAUGACACACUCACUGAUCGUGAUAUGAAUGAUAUACUCGGUCCACUGCCUGACAUUCCAGUUAACCAUGAUAUGUCAAGUCGGCUAUCAGUUCGACGUUCUUCUGGUUGCUCCGGAAUUUAUGAAGAAAUUUUGGAUACAUCUGAUGUCAGUGUAAGAAAUGAGCAUGAAUCACGUGGAUCGGUUGUGUCUGGAAUUUAUGUUGAUAUGUCUUCAGCGCCACUCAAAAUAAAUGAAAGUGCUGAACAACCACCACCGUUACCUCCCCGACGGCAAAUCAAUCACGUCUAUACGUCGAUCAAUUCACAAACGGUCGCAAUAGCAGCAGCUUCCAAGAGCCGUAAAUCGGCUUGGAAUUUGAAAAAUGUAUUUGGCCGUACGAAAGAAACAUCGAAAAAUGGUAAAAUAAACGAUGUUCCAAAAAGUCAAACAGCAGCAUCCAUAUCGAAAUUGUGUUCAAACAAUUUUGAAUCAAACUUAUUGGUAAACUGUACAAAUAGUUUUUCAACGCCCGAUCUAACAAAUAUCAACGUCGAACCGAAGAAAACAACAUCGGCCACCAAAUGUGAAUGUGAAGAAACCGAUUUAGAUGUUAUGGAUAUCGAACGUUCCAAUUCGCUGAAUUGUUCAAGUAGUCAAUUCACAUGCCGUCCACCACCAUUAAACAUAUCAGACAAUAUACUUUGGUCUCACAAUCUUUCGCUUACAUUAACAUCAACCGUUGACUCGUCGGCCAUAAAUUUGGUCGGAGCAAAUGUAAACAAUCGUGAUUCAUUUUUGGGUCGUGACAUUUCCGGAUACUGUCGUAUGGCGCCAAUUCUAAAUGAUACCGAUCGAUUUAAAAUGAUUCGUACAUCAACCACACAUUUCGAAGAAGAUCAACUGAAUAAAUUGAAUCAAGGAUUUGACAAUGCAUCCGUUUAUUGUGCAAUGGCACCGAUUUUACCGAAAAUCGAUCAAUCGUCCAUAUUGAAAAUCGAUGCCGACUCAACAUCAACGUCGAACAUCUUGAAACAUAUAACAUUCGAAAGACAAUUUGAUUUUGAUGAAGAACGUCCCAUAUCGAUUUUAGAUAGUUCAAUGAAAUCGGUUGAUAAUUCAAAUAAUGCUUCAUCAUCGCUCAGCGAUAUCACAAGCUCAUCGGGUGUUAGCAGCUACGAUGGUAAUGCUGCAAUGUUAAAUACAAGAUGUUUUACACCGGAAACCACCAACAAUACAACCGUUGAUUCGCAUGAACACGAUGAUGCAAUAUCAUUAACGUACACCGAAUCGCCACCACAAAGUGCAAAAUUAUCUCAACAUAUCAAUGAAAAUCCAUUUAAUUUUCAAUCAUCGAAAUUUGAUGAGAAAACACCAUCAUACUUUCCGAAUGAAAAGUUUUCACCCGUACAUGAUACCAUAAAAUACAUCGUUUAUAAUAGUAUUAAGAAUGUAAAACAAACACCGAAAACAAAUCGUCGCAUACCCAGCGAACCAGUUGCAAUACCACUUAAUAAUAAGGAAAGCAAUCAUGAGGCCGGCAAUAAUUCGGGACAUUUUAAAAAUGUCAAGAAGCAAACAUGCAAAGGUGUAUUGAAAACACCAACAUCAGGCAAAAUACAAAAGUAUAAACAACGCCGCGGUUCAAUUACCGAAAAUAAUGGCACCCAUAUUGAACAUCAUCCAACUGCAAUUGCGUACAAAAAUGAAAAUUGGUAUUGUGACAUGAAAUCGUAUCAAACAAUGGCUGAAAGUUACAAAUACGACACAUUACCAUCAUCAUUCGAUUCGAAAAACGUACUCUCACAUUUGGAUCCGAAUACAAAAUACGAACCGAAUCGACAUGCAAACUUCGAGAAAAAUUCCAAAGCAACUAAAUUGAAAUCAUCACCACGCCGUAUUUAUAAUAAAUGUGCCAAUUUGGCAAUUCGCAUGAAAACACCACCAUCAACACCAACCGAAAUGACACCAGAUGAUCAACUCAAUAGCAGCAUCGACACCGUUAUGCGCUCCAAUAAAAGUUACCACAUGUCAAACGAUGGAUCAAGCAAUGGCUUGAUUCGUUCAUGGGCACGUUUUCGUAAAAUUGAUUUUUCACCAUUGAAAACAAAAAUCAACAGCAUCUGGCAACGACCAAACACCGAAACAUUCAAUUAGAACAGUAAGCAUAGAUAGAUAGAUAGAUAGAAGAUAUACCAAUUCGUACACGAACAUCGCAAACAAACUAGGAAAAUUCAUGUUACAUGUUAACCAGUUGCUUCUUUAAUGAAAUAUUUAUCGCUUAUAUUUACUAAGUAUAUAAAGUAAAACGCUUUUUUAACGAAUGUUAUUAUUGUUUGCUUCCAAUUGAGAAAUGCUAAACAAAAUAAUUACCAUUUAGUUAAUGAUAGAUAAUAAGAGCGAGAUAGAGAGCGAUACAACGAAUGUAAAUUCAUAAAUAAAAAACUAAAAUAACAUAUAUCCUUUGAAUAGAGAGUGUGAAAAAAAAGAUAUGCGCUUUAGAUAGCUUCCAAAUGCCGUGCCUACAAAUCAAUUAAGAAAAAUAGAGAGAGAGAAAGAGAUAAAAAUGAUCAUGAAAUUAUCGCAUCGAUUUAUUAUU